AUGGUUAAAUCACCAUCGUGGGGCGUAAGCCACUUAGAAACGACAGGAAACACAAACUUGCGCGGCCUCGGGAAAGGAACGGCCCUUGCUACCCCUUCGCACAUCCGCGUUCCGUAUUCCUGCAACGAUGGUCUUCAGACACGUUUCUUAAUCUUGGCUAAUGGUGAUGCUGAUUGGCCAUCGGAAAGUGUGCGCGAGCAGCCAGUCUUCAUCGCCUUCCAGUACAACACAAAUGGAAAAGAGCUUGGCUUUUGUGCUAACUCGUUUGAUUCUGAGGCCGCCAAUCGGAGUCUUGGAGAGGAGAGAUUGGUUUAUGCGCCUGAAGUGACUAAGCGGCCAGGUCAUGGUCUGGAGCAGAUUAUAUGGAGUUAUGGUGAGGCUCUGAAACGAUUUCCUUGGUUCUGUCGUGAAAAGCGUUUCAUUGAAGGUCUUGAAAAGAUAUUAUUCAUUUGUAUAGAUGAUAAUGAUGUGGCUAAGACGGGGUUGUUGCUUGUCCGUAGAUCAUGGGAUGGAACUUUGUGGGACCGAACUCGGGAUGAACUACUCGGUUUGCCUAUCGAUCAUGUCAAGACUGUGAGAGUUCCAGUCAAAGAGGCACUUGCUAUACUAGAGAAAGGGAGGAAGAGUGAAACAGAUGGCAUGAGUGAUAGGCUUGAAGGAUUUCUUCUUGUGAGCGCUUCCAAGUGA